AAGCCUAUUAUCACCAACAUCCCCAAGAAAGUAUGAAAGAACCCCGGAUUUUCCCUAGAGAGCGGCCAACUCCUUGGACUCGUGCUCCACUGCCACCUCGAGGACGGCUUGACGGUUCCCUGGGACCACAGGGGGGUCCUAUUCUGAACGCAGGCCACCCACUGGGUGUGAACUCGGAUCCUUUCCUUAUGGCAACUGGUUCUCUUGGUGGAAAUCUGGCCCCGUUUCCAAGGAACCCAUCUCCUUUUCCAUCUUCAUCAGGCCCAUUGGCAUCAAAUCCAGCACCUUUCCCUGCUGGUGCUCGUGACCCAAGCAUGGCUUCUUUUCCAAGAGGGAUGAAUCCUGCUGGCACAGGCGCAGUUUCUUUUCCAAGGCCCGGUGGCCUCUUGGGCCCAGGACCAGGACCAACUCUAAACCCUAGAACAGGGGCACUCCCAGGCCCAGGGCCUAUGUCUAACCCCAGGUUAGGAGGUCUCCCAGGCCCAGGUCCUAUGUCUAACCCAAGAGCAGGUGGUCUCCUGGGAGCAAGUCCUGAUCCUAGAAGUGGUGGCUCCUUAGGCCCUGGAUCUGUACCCAACCUGAGAGCAGGUGGCUUGUUACCUUCUGGGAAUGGUCCUCCCAAUCCUAGGCCAGUUAGCCUUGGUCCUGGACCAAGUCCCAAUCUGAGAUCAGGCUUUUUAGGUACAAAUCCUGCCCCUAGGUCAGGUAUGUUUCCAGGCCCAAGCCUUGGGCCCAACCCACGAACAAGUGGCAUGGGUCCAGGUCUUGGUCCUAACCCAAGGGCUGGUGGCCUAGGCCAAGGCCCAAAUAUAGACACCAGAACAGGUGGCCUUUUGGGUACAGGAUCUAGUCUUAACUUAAGAAUGGCUGGACCUCAAGGCCUAGAUCUUGCCCCCAUUCUAAGAGCAGCAGGUCUUUUAGGAGCAAAUUCAGCUUCUUUCUCACAGGCUUCUGGAAACAUGGGUGCAAGCCCAUCCACCAUGGCAAGAGUGCCUGGCCCUGUAGGCCCAAACAUGGGUCCUAGCUCUCGUGGAAUUGGCCUCCCAGGGCCAAAUCCAUCUCCCAUGUCAAGGGCUCCUGGCCCUAUAGGCCCUAAUUCAGCUCAUUUUUCAAGGCCAGGUGGCCCAAUGGGAGUAAAUGCCAGUCCCUUUCCAAGGGGAACAGGUCCAGGGGGACUGAACCCAACUGCCUUCUCUCAGUCUUCUGGGACAUUGGCUUCCAACCCAGGUACCUUCCAAAGGUCUGCUGGCCUCCAGGGCUCAAGUCCUGCAAUUUUCCCAAGAGCCUCUGGGCCACUUGGCCCCAACCCAGCCAACUUCCCAAGGGCCACUGGCCUUCAGGGUCCAAGUCCAGCUGCCUUCCCAAGAUCUACUGGUCCAUUAGGCCCAGGUCAAGUUGCUUUCCCCAGGUCAGCUGCUGGGCCCUUGGGUUCUUCUCCAGCAGGCCCUGUAGGUAUCAACCCAGCUCCUUUUGCAAGGCCAACUGGGACCCUGGGUCUAAACCCAGCCUCCUUUCCAAGGAUGAAUGGCCCUGCAGGUAAGAAUUUGGUCCCAUUUCCUAGAGUGGGGAGCCUCCCUGGCACAAACCCAGCUGCUUUCCCCAGACCAGGUGGUCCAAUGGCUGCAAUGUACCCAAAUGGAAUGUUACCCCCUUAAACACCACUUUCUCUCCAGGACCACCUUGUUUUCCAGGCACUGUGGUUUUGGUUAGGGACUAUCUCUUAGGUAAAAGGGUUGAAAUGGAGCUACUGUCUGAAGAACAUAGCUGGGGCUCAAGUUCAAAUGAGCCAUUUUCCUCUGCUUUUUUUUUUUUUUUGACUGAAAGUGAAAUGUUAUUUGUGGGACACUUCGACUUUGGCAGGAGGGAAUGAUCCUAGCCUCAAGAGAAAGAAUCUCCAGCCUUCCAGAAACCUGCUGUGCUUUUGUCCCACAGCUUUCUGCCCCUUGUUUCUUACUAGUUUCUUGAAUUGUUCUUGUGGACUUUUCCUCAGGGAUACAUUGGCCUGCAGGUCCCAAUUCGUGUGUAUUCCCCUGCUCCCCACUGGAGAAUCAGCUCACUGCUUUCUAGAGGUGUGGCAUUGGUGAAUGAACCAUGCUUCAGUAGCUCUGACCUGGGCAGCUUGGACCUGGUCAUCUUCUACUGCCAGACCUUUCCUUGGGGGCUUGAACACAGAGCACAGGGAGGUAGACAACGACUUCACGGACCCACCAAAUCAAUUUUUGCUUGAGUGGCUGGGCCUGCAGCUCCUUUCUCCUGGGACUUAGAGACAGCUGGAUUUAAAGACUCCUCUGCUUAUCCAGCUCCCUCUCCACUGGUACUCCCAAUCAAAGAACCUCAAGAUUUAAACUGAUGUGGGUGGGAAUAUAGGAAUUAGGGUGGGGGUGGGGGUGAAGGGGAGAAAUCACUGUGCUUCGUUCAGCCUGACGUGAAGGAUGGUUGGUGUUUUUCCCACAUUGUAUCUUUUCUUACUGUUUCUCUAAUAAAUGGGAUGAGAGGGC